AUGGCUUGGCAAGCCCCGGCUUUCCGCUUAAAGGCCAGGGUCAUCUGCGACAACUUGUUGCAACAGCUUGAUCAUGGGCAUCUUCGGAAAACGGGCAGGGUUACCAGAGUCCAUCACUUCCGGAGUGCGAAGAAUCGUGCAAAGUUUCGUUGGGUUUUUGCAGUGCACAAUAACAGGUUCUUCACUUUGCGAGCUGUUCAGGAGGCACUUCGCUUGAUGUUCCGAGAAAACCCAGCACUGGAGAUCCCGAAUGUUCCGGGGUUGACCUUUAGUGAGUGGUGCAAGCAAGAAGCCGACACGUUGCAGAAGUUGCUGUGCAAAGCCCGUCGCUCCAUCGCCAUGGACAACGAGGACACGCAGAUGCCGGAGGACCCUUGGGCAUGCACGGAAAUGUUCAGAUUGAGACACUUGUAA